AUGCCACCUGUCCUGUCCCCACGCAUGCUACGCUGGAGUGUUCUUGGGGCCUACGAUUAUGAAUUUUGCUACCACCCUGGCAAACAGCUAGCAAAUGCUGAUGCCCUCAGUCGCCUACCACUGCUCACUGGUAUGCGUGAGACCCCUCCACCCAUGGAGGUGCUCUUACUGGAAAUGGCGCCUGAAGCCCCACUGAAUGCAAAACACAUUGCCGCCCUUACUCGGAAGGAUCCAGUUCUGUCCCGGGUGCUGCGCUGGGUCCUGCAUGGCUGGCCAGUGGAUACACUUGACAGCCGUUUCAAGCCGUUUCUCACCCGGCGCCAUGAACUGUCCGCACACAAGGACUACUUAUUAUGGGGGAGUCGUGUAGUUAUUCCCAACCUGGCGAGGGAGGAGGUACUGGCCAUGCUGCAUGAUGCACACCCAGGCAUUGUGCAUAUGAAGGGCCUGGGGAGGGGUUAUGUCUGGUCGCCAGGUAUGGAUUUAGCAAUAGAACAGACAGUAAAAUCCUGUGAAACCUGCCAGAGAACUCGUCAUGCACCACUAACAGCACAGCUGCACCCUUGGGAGUGGACAACUAAGAAAUGGUCCUGGCUACACAUUGAAUUUGCUGGUCCAUUCCAGGGGAAGACAUUUCUCAUAAUAGUGGACUCACACUCUAAGUGGUUAGAGGUUGCCACAGUGAGUAUGAGGAAACAUUAG